UGGCCGAACAGAACUAUCCCUAAGCUCUAGGGUUUCAAAUGGCGCUAACGUCUCAGCCUUUUUGAAAGCAGGAAAAAAAAAGGAGAAAAAACCAAAAAACAAACUAAGAAAAAGAGCGGGAGUCUCUCCCGCACAGCCGGUCUCCCAAUCCGCCUACCCAAACUCCUCGUAUAGUCGUGUUGCUCCUCUCGCCGGAAAAUGUCGAUCGGCGUUCGUCGCCUCACGGUGCUCGGCGAGUUCAAGCCCUACGGCUUGAUCGCCGAAGCUCUCGACGGCAAACCCGCCGACGACUUCACCGAGAAGUGCGAUUACUUCCUCUUCGACCCCGAAGUCGUUCGACAGCGAGACGAAGCCGACGAUUUCGACGCGUCCGGCGCCGCUCUCAGCGAUCGCUCUGAUCACGAGCUCUUCGUCAGAGGAAAUCGGAUAAUUUGGACAUCAGGUGCACGAGUGUUUAAGAGGUUCACGUUAUCCUCCCCAGUCAUUAUGGCACGAUGGUGUCGUCUGGGUGAUACGGCUGAGGCUCUUCUAUGUGUUUUGCAAGUUGGUUCUUUGACAAUAUACAACACAUCAGGUGAAGUAACAUCCAUCCCCUUGUCUCGUUCCAUCACAUCAAUAUGGGCUCUUCCUUUUGGGUUACUGUUCCAGCAACAAGCUGACACAAGUACAACAAGUCAUGUUCCUAUUUCAUCUACAAGUCCUUUAUUUGGUGUGCGUGAAAUGCCCCGUGCAAGAAGAGAAACUGGAAACAGUCCACAGCAUAAUUACACUUUUCCGAGCUUAUUUGAUAAUAUUGUAAAGGGAGAAACGACUUCAAUAUCCUCACAUCUGCUUCUGAAGGAUCCACUAGAAGAACCGCAAUUGACUCAUAUUGAAGAAAGAGGAAAGUAUAACAUAAUGAAGGAAUUUGAUGAGACAACAAUCUGGACGAGUGACCAAAUACCUCUUAUGGCGUCAUAUAACAAAGGAAAGAUGCAACACUCAGUGUGGGUUGUAGAAGUCAUUAAUUCCAACCUUGAGGUGGCAAAUGCUAAUUUAUUGGAUUUUAUUCCUUCUGGAGUAAUACCAAAACGGUUCUCCUUUCGUAGAAUAUGGCAGGGGAAGGGUGUGCAAACAGCUGCUUGUAAGGUUUUCCUUGCAACUGAUGAUGAUUCGGCUCCUAUAAUUUGCUUUCUUCACCAAGAACAAAGGAAAUUAUUGUCUGUAAGGCUUCAAAGUGAUGAAAUAAACAAUGAAAUCCUCUUUGACAUUAAACCUGACAUGAGCUGGAGUAUACCUGCAAUUGCAGCUGCUCCUGUGAUUGUCACUCGUCCUAGAGUGAAAGUUGGGCUGCUGCCAUACUUAGACAUGAUUGUUUUGGCACCAGAAAAUGCCCUUCUUCUUUAUUCCGGGAAACAAUGCCUAUGUAGGUAUGUGCUGCCUUCAUCAUUGAGUAAAGAUCGACUUUCACAUAAUUUGGACUUUCGAGAAACAUCUGUUUCCCAUGAACUGAAGGUUGUUGGAGUAGCUGAUGCUAUUGAGGGGCGUAUCAACAUCAUAGUAAACAGUGGGCAGAUGUUUAGAUGUGCAUUACGAAGAAGCCCUUCAUCUUCAUUGGUGAAUGAUUGCAUUACAACAAUGGCUGAGGGUCUUUGUUCCAACUUCUAUAGUCAUUUUCUCAGCCUUCUUUGGCAAGAUGGUGACUCUGCAUAUUUGUCAGAGGCUGACAUUGGUAUUAAUUCAGAAUGGGACUCUUUCUGUAGCAUUGUUCUGCAAAUGUGUAGAUCCUCUAUGAGUACUCAAAAGCAUGCAAACCCAUCGCCUACCUCAUCCUGGGAUUUCCUUAUCAAUAGCAACUUUCACAAGAACUUUUGCAAACACAAUUUUAUUACUGGAGUUUCCUCAGUAGCAUCGCUUGAUAUGCAAAAAAUGGAUUCUUUUGAAUCAAAUCUAAAUAUGGAGAAAAUAGAUAAUUCCUUUUACUCUGAGCUAAUGAUGGAGAGCUUGGAUUGUUUGCAUGCUGUUUAUGAAAGUCUGAAACUGGAUACUCUUCGGAAGAGGGAUCUGGAGCUUCUGGGAGUUCUAUUAUGUGAUAUUGCCAAGUUUCUAGGUGAACAAAGCUAUCUAGACCAUUACAUUCGGGACUUUCCUGGUUUUUCCAGAAAUGUAGGGAUGUCCAAAACCUCCCUUUCAUGUAAGACUCCACCAAGUUUAUUCAGAUGGCUUGAGAACUGUUUGCUGCUCGGAUGCAUUUCUCCUAACCUUAAUGGUCUUUCACCAUUAAUUUGUCAAAAUGGAAAUUCUGUUGUGAGCUGGGGCCGGAAGAUAGUCUCUUUUUAUAGUUUGUUAUGUGGUGCUAAACAAAUAGGAAACAAGCUUUCAUCUGGUGUUUACUGCAAUAUUGCUGCCGGAUCAUAUUGCACAAAAGAGGAACUUAUUGUCUUGGCAAUGGUUGGAGAAAGAUUUGGACUAAAACAGCUUGACUUGCUGCCUUCUGGAGUAUCUCUUCCUCUAAGACAUGCAUUGGACAAGUGCCGGGAAUCUCCUCCCACUGACUGGCCUGCAGCUGCUUAUGUUUUGCUUGGUCGAGAGGACUUGGCUUUGUCAUGUUUGGCACGUUCAUGCAAGUCUAAAGAAUUUGAAACCCAAACUAAUGUGAAUUUAAUCUCUAUUUCCACUCCAUACAUGCUACAUUUGCAUCCGGUGACAAUCCCUUCCACAGUUUCUGAUACUAUCGGAUUAGAGGGUGCAAAGUUUGAGGAUACAGAUUCUGUGGAUGGUUCUAUGACAGAUGGCAUGGAACAUAUCUUCAACUCUAGCACACAAUUGCGCUAUGGUCGUGAUUUGCGAUUGAAUGAGGUUAGACGCCUUUUGUGCUCAGCAAGACCUGUGGCGAUUCAAACAUCUAUUAAUCCUAGUGCCUCUGACCAGGAUGUUCAACAGGCCCAGUUAUGGCACAUCGCACAAAGGACCACUUCCCUUCCUCUUGGUCGUGGGGCAUUCACACUUGGAACAAUUUAUACACUUUUGACAGAGGCCUUUGCUGUCCCUAAGCUUGUUCUUGCAGGUCGGUUGCCUGCCCAACAAAAUGCAACUGUGAAUCUGGACCCAAACGUGAGGAAUAUACAAGAACUUAAGUCUUGGCCUGAGUUUCACAAUGCUGUGGCUGCUGGACUGAGGCUGGCCCCACUUCAGGGUAAAAUGUCAAGAACCUGGAUUAUAUACAACAAACCUGGGGAACCAAAUGCUAUUCAUGCUGGACUUCUUCUUGCAUUAGGGUUGCACGGAUAUCUGCGUGUUUUAAACCUUACAGAUAUUUACCAGUACUACGCUCAGGAACAUGAGAGCACGACUGUGGGAUUGAUGCUUGGCCUGGCUGCUUCUUAUAGAGGGACUAUGGAUCCAGCAAUAUCUAAAUCUCUUUUUGUUCAUAUACCUGCUCGACACCCAUCUUCAUUUCCUGAGCUGGAGUUGCCGACCCUUCUGCAGUCAGCAGCUUUGAUGUCAGUUGGUCUUCUUUAUGAAGGAUCCGCACACCCGCAAACCAUGCAGAUUCUCUUGGGUGAAAUAGGACGUAGAAGUGGAGGUGAUAACGUACUCGAAAGGGAAGGUUAUGCUGUUUCUGCAGGAUUUUCAUUGGGUCUUGUUGCAUUGGGUAGAGGCUAUGAUGCACUUGGUUUAAUGGAUGCAAUGGUUGACCGAUUGUUUCAUUACAUUGGUGGCAAAGAAGUUCAUAAUGAAAGAUAUUUUUCCUCAGCACUUUCAGCGGAUGAUCAUUGCCGUGUCGCUGCACAGAUGAUGGAUGGAAAUGCAGUUAACGUUGAUGUCACUGCCCCAGGAGCGAUUAUUGCUCUUGCUUUAAUGUUUUUGAAGACUGAAUCGCAAACAAUUGUGUCUAAACUGUCUAUCCCUCAUACACAUUUCGACUUGCAAUGUGUAAGGCCCGACUUUAUCAUGCUUCGUGUCAUUGCUCGGAAUUUGAUAAUGUGGAGCAGGGUACAUCCCUCCCAAGAUUGGAUUCAAUCUCAGAUUCCGGCUAUUGUCAAAAAUGGCGUCCAACGGCUUGGGGAUGAUACUAGUGAUAUUGAUGAAAUGGACGCUGAAGUAUUUGUGCAGGCAUAUGUCAAUAUAGUGGCUGGAGCUUGUAUUUCUCUUGGACUGAGAUUUGCUGGUACAAAGGACGGGAAUGCACAGGAGUUACUGUAUAAAUAUGCUCUCUGUUUUCUGAACGAGAUAAAACCAGUUUCUGCUAUAAGCGGCACCUUCCCUAGGGGUUUGUCCCACUAUGUUGAUCGGGGCACAUUGGAAAUUUGCCUUCACCUCAUUGUUCUUUCCCUUUCAGUGGUUAUGGCUGGUUCUGGUCAUUUACAAACAUUUAGGCUACUGAGAUUUCUUCGAAGCAGAAACUCUGUCGAUGGGCAUGCUAAUUAUGGAGUUCAGAUGGCAGUAAGCUUAGCAAUUGGGUUCUUGUUUCUUGGGGGAGGAAUGCGGACAUUCUCAACAGGAAAUUGUUCUAUUGCUGCAUUGCUGAUUACUCUGUACCCACGCUUGCCUACAGGACCAAAUGAUAACCGAUGCCACCUUCAGGCAUUCCGGCAUUUAUAUGUACUUGCAACUGAGGCUCGCUGGAUUCAGACCGUUGACGUGGACACUGGUUUACCUGUGUAUGCCCCUCUUGAAGUCACUAUUAGAGAAACUGACCAUUAUGCUGAAACAAGCUUUUGUGAAGUUACCCCUUGCCUUCUGCCAGAACGAGCUGUGUUGAAGAUGGUUCGUGUCUGUGGCCCUAGGUACUGGCCUCAAGUAAUAGAAUUUGUUCCUGAAGAUAAACCUUGGUGGACAUUUGGGGACAAGAGUAACCCAUUCAGUUCUGGCAUUCUCUAUAUCAAGCGGAAAGUUGGAGCUUGCUCAUAUGUCGAUGAUCCCAUAGGAUGCCAGUCACUGUUGUCACGAGCAAUGCACAAGGUAUUUGGUUUGACUAGUUUAAAAGCAUAUAAUCUUUGCGAUGAGGGCUACAGUGGACCUGGUUCUAUUACAGUUGAUCAGCUGGUUGCUACCUUCUCGUCUGAUCCUAGCUUAAUUGCUUUUGCUCAACUCUGCUGCGAUCCUUCUUGGAAUAGCAGAACCGAUGUCGAUUUCCAGGAGUUUUGCUUGCAAGUAUUAUUCGAGUGUGUAAGCAAGGACAGGCCUGCUCUCUUACAGGUAUAUUUGUCAUUGUACACAACAAUUGGGACAAUGGCGGAUCAAUUUACCAGUGGUAGAGUUGUUCUAGGGGACUCCCUUUCUAUUUCCAAUUUAAAGCUUGCAGUAGCCUACAAUGAAGCUCUGCUGGGGGGAAAAUUGACCAAUUCUAGAGGUGGCAUUAUUCAAUCCAAUUUUCUAGGAUCUCUCAAGAAACGAGUGGACGAACUGCUGAACUGUUGCGAGGGAUUAAAGGACAAUUUUCAUAACUAUAUGAUAUCAGGGACAUGGCCCGCUGCGGAAUUCCAGGGAGGGAGAAAUUCAAUUCUUCUUUCUUGGUACCUUCAGUGGUUUGGUGUACCAGCUCCAUCUGUUAUUAAGACAGCUGCGGAGAAAAUCAGGCCGAAGCUAAAGUCGUCAUCCUUCGUUCCAGUUUUGCAUCUGUUGUUUCCAAGCACAGACAUCAAUGUGAUUGGUGAGAUAAACAAGUUCUUGUCUUCCAACGACAGCAAAUAAGAUUUUGAUGGAUGACGCAACAGUCAAAUUGUUGCUGCAAUAAUUGUGUUUAGCGUAAGAUCUUAUAUAUGGUCUUUGAAUAUGGAGAGGAAGAACAAAAAGUCGGUCAUCAGUGUACCAAAUUAUCGCGAUAGUUUUGCUUUCAUUUGGUUGAGCUUAUAACUAUCAACCUCUGAAGUUGGUACGGCUUCCAAAUUCAUGCUGUAUAAUAUGCGGGGCCCGUUUGACAGAA